GUGGAAAUAGACUAGCGAAUCCAAUUGUAAGUAGAGUCAUACUAUCGGCCUUUUCAUUACAGUAUUUCUACUUGCUUGGGCAGAUGCCAUGAAUGAACUCAUGUACGACUUCACCAUUGAGUUUUCAUCUACUAGCUUGUCCAGUUCCUUUUACUUCAACAUGGCAUUCAGCCAGGUUUCCUCCAGUCACCACUCCAAAUCUUUGCAUCACGCUGCCAAGCCUGUUGUUGCUGCAUUUCCGAGAGGCAAAGUCGAUCACCCGGGUAUCAUGCGAGAAAUGGCGAGCGGUAUCACGUCUAUGGCAAAAUUGUUCGGCAUGCCUACGAGAGGGGACGUCGAAGUUCACAUCGAUCAUCACUACACGUCAAAGAUCUACUCUGCAGGAUCGCAAGUCAACGGGACUGUCCAGAUCAGUCCACAGCGAGAUAUAGCUUUCAGCUUCGUUGAAAUCAAUCUCUUGGGAAAAGCCAACGUUCGGCGGGAAGAUGUCCACGUCAUGACCGAAACGACACAUCUGCUCCUUAAGUUGCACAUGCCUGUACCCGAAUUAGCUUACCCACCAACGAGGGUUUUCAAACGUGGACAGAUCUAUUCUAUACCAUUCCGAUUCAUCGUCCCCCACCAACUUACAAGCAAUGUUUGCCAAUACGAAGUCCAAACGGAAGCAGUCCGUAGCCACCACCUCCGCCUGCCGUCGUCCUUGACCGGAUUCGACAAGGAUGAUCUUACUACAAACAUUACAAAGAUCCAAUACAGCAUAAGGGCCAGAGUUUUCAACAUCGAAGACGGUACUCCUGAGGUGCCACUGGAACCGAUCCUUGAGUCUGAGCAUCCCAUCAGCAUCCUCGCACCAUGCCCCGAAGACCCGCCUCUCAUCAUCGACGAGCACGACCUUCACUACGUUUUGAAAGAAACCACCUCAGUCAGAAAGAAUAUGUUCUCCAUGCCCACAGGCCAAAUCACGAUCGAGUCAUCCCAGCCACAGGCAAUACGUUUGAGUCUGGAUGGACACGCAGCAUCGAGCUCGUCGGCUUACAUCAACAUUGCUUUCCGCCCUGCCGCUCCAGAUAUGCUUCCACCGCAGCUCAAGAUAAAAUCAACAAGGAUAUUGGCACAAACCUGGGCUUCUCCACGACCUGCGCCAAGCUUUCCCAAUGUCGGCGGUAAUCGAGACGCAAUCACACUAUCUACACCUGCCAUAAUCGACUCUACAAAAACCACCCCUUGGAUUCAGCACGUGCAUAUUUCAGAUGACGAGGUAUCAGAAAAAAAAGCUGGAGGGUCCAGAGGGUCGAGAGACAUCACGGUAGUACGCAACAGCAGCAGCCUGAACAAGAGCGUACCUAUCACUCAUACCUGUUCAACGCAAGUUGACUUUGAACUUCCGACAUCAAGUCACGUAUUUCCCCCAACCUUUCACUCCUGCUUGAUCUCGCGGACGUAUACUCUCGAGAUCAAAAUGGCGGCGGGAGGAACCGAGCUCUCUCUACUGCUGCCUAUUCAGAUCUUCAUGGACCAAGAAGACGAAUACUCUCGGACGUCUUUAGGGGCGGAGUUGCCUAGCUGGGAUGAUGUUAGAGGCGAAGCUGUCUAUGCACGUAUGAGAGAGCAUCGUCGAGCGCUGUGAAGAAACCCGUGAAUCGGAC